AUGAAUCAGCUUCGAGUUUCUAAAGAGAUUCUUCGCCUGAGAGUAAGCAAGAAUCUCAGGCAGUUUCAUAGCGUCAUUGGAGGCGAUUCCGUGCGCCAGAAAUACGCGAAAUUGGGCUUCAAUUAUGAAGAAUUAUCUGCUGCUUCAAAGAGGCAGUUUCAGAGCUCGAAUUUGGAAGAUUGGCUUCCCAAGUUCGAGCAAAAAUCAAAAGAACAAAUCGCCCAAAUGGAGGAAAGCUUCAGUAACAAACACGUAGACUCGCUGAAUGCUCUGCUCAAAGAAAAACCUUACCUGGCGAAUCCGUUGAUUGUUCGAGCGAUUUCAGAGAUCGAAAAAGACAUGGAAAAGACAACUUCUCAAAUUUUCACGCGAUUCAUUUUCUGGGUCGGUUUUUAUGUUCUUCUUCUACUACCGCCGCUGGUGACGAUGUUUACUGAUCCAGAAUCGUCUGUUUCGUGCAACAAAAUCGUCGAGAUUCCAAUGCUUGAGUCGUCGAAUCCGCUUGAUGAAAUUUUAAGUGCUACUCUUGGAAAAUCAUCAUCACCCGCGCUGCUCGAUUUUUUCAAACGUCGUGAGUCGGCAGAAGAGCUUGAAAGAAUAACGAUCAGAUUCUCGGGGACGAAACCGAGGACGACGGAGGAGGAGCUGGCGGAGACGAGAUUGGCGCUGGAGAAAGAGCUUUUUGAGAGCGUGAAGGAGAGCGAAGAUGCUGUGCAAGUUAUUAAAGAUAUUUGGGUACCAGCUGUUGAAACUUUCUUCUGGUCUACGUUCGGCUUCUACUUUUUCUCCGCUCUUUCUUAUUCUGUCCCGUUUCUUACAUCUCUAAAGAUGGCUGCGAGAAGAGUACUUUACAUCGGCAAACGAGCAAGUUUAUGCGUUUGGGCAUUCGGCAUCGUCGAGCUUUUGCACAACAUUUCGAUGCUUAUCUUAUAUUUCCAAAGUUAUAUCAUGGAGUCAAAGUAUAGAGCUCUGAUGAUGCUUGAAAAAGACGACUUUAAUAGGCAACUGAUUCAUUCUUACGGAGCUAGAGGUGUUGCUAUGGUCAGGUUGCUCGAAGAAAAUCCGGAGUCUGAUGAGGAACUAAUCCAACUGGCUAAAGAUAUUAUGUUUCACCACGAGAAUUCUGACGAAGAAGACGAUAGCAAUAUUCUGAGUGGCACCAUCUCUAUCAAUGACUCGAUUGUCGUUCAGCCAACGGUUCUCAUUCAAUCACCUUGCUAUCUCUUCUAA